AUGUCUAGUCAAGCUCAGCGGAAAGAAAAUUUACAUGCUACUCGGCCUCUUCAAGGAAAGCAACUUCUAUCCAAUCAGUCAUCAACGAAACGUAGGGCCCUAGGAGAUAUUGGAAAUGAUACAAAACUAAGAAAACAGGCUUUACCUAAAAAGCAUAAUGUACCUCUUGGCAAUGUCAUGAAAAAAGAAGUCAACGCUGUUCGUGAUACUACAAUCGACUAUGACUGUGAAAUCGAGAAACCAUCAUUUCCGUUAACUGUAAUCGAUGAAGAGGAAAAUUUUGCCCCUCCAACUUUCUUUCCCAACGUUAAAACUCGUGUAACAUUAGACUUUGUCAGGACUUCACCGUGCAACUCAAGCAAUACGCUUGCAUUGGCUGAUUCUAAUUGGGAACCUAAUUUAUUGGAACUUAUCGGUUCGACAAGUGCCCAAGAUAGCAUGACGUUGUGUCCUGUCAAUGAAGAUGAUGAUCUGGACGGUGAUGACUACAGUCAGCUAAGAUUAUCGGAUAUUGACUUUGAAAUGUAA